AUGACAUUUCCAUUGGAUAAAGUUCGCUGUCUGAGGAACUUGGGAUGCUUUGGAAUGAGACAUCCUUUCGCCCAACCUAAAAGACAAACCAUCGGCAGUUCGAAAUUUAACUCCCAAUUGCCAACUAAAGUUAUAGUUCAUGGAUAUUUGGAUAGCACCCUUCUAACCACUUCGAUGAAGGUUGACACACGAACUAUUGUGGAUUGGUUUAUAGGAAGCACCUUUGCAUCGUACGCUCAAGCAGCGGCUAAUAUAAGAGUAGUGGGAGCAGAAAUUGCAUUUCUCAUGGAACGUCUUCAGCUCGUUAAGGGGGCUAAAUUAGAGACUUUUCAUCUCAUCGGUCACAGUUUUGGAGCACACGCUUGUGGAUAUGCGGGCAAACGACUGAGCAAUAUCGGAAGGAUAACGGGUUUGGAUCCGGCAGGUGCUUAUUUUCGUAACGUUUCUCGUAAGGUUCGAUUAGAUGCUUCGGAUGCGAUGUUUGUCGACGUUAUUCAUACGAAUGCAGCCGAAUCAAUAUUUAAAGGUUUCGGGACGAACGAAAUGAUUGGCCAUGUCGACUUCUUUCCUAACGGAGGUCACAAUAAUCCCGGAUGUAAAACUCUGCGCGAAAAGAAAAAAUCUAGGACCUUCUUAGAAUUCAUCAGACCUCAAAUAGAAUGCGAUCAUAGACGUGCCAUAGAGUUCUUCAUCGCAUCCAUUAGAUACCCGGAAUGCUUCGUUGCUGUUUCGUGCCGUAGCUAUUUGGAUUUUUCAGCAGGAAGAUGCAGUUGCUCCGACGAAACACCUUGCGUUUUCAUGGGAUUUUAUGCAGAUCAAUUCGAACAUCUCAUAAGGAAUACAUCUGGCAUCUUUUAUCUAGAUACUAGUAGUGAUUAUCCUUACUGUGCUAAAAAUAGACUUAUUUUCAAUUAUA